UCGUCCGCUGCUUGGCGGCCCCCCUCCCCACCCCGGCGCCGCGCCACCAUGGCCACCGCCACGGCGACCCCGCCGCAAUGCUGGCGAGGGCUCCCCGCUUCUGCGCGCGCACGCCCGCCUCUCCUCUCCCCCCUCCGCGUUCACCCCCUCGCCGCUCCCUUCCGUCCCCCGAGGCCCCGCCCCGCCAGCACUGCAGCCAGCGGAAGAGGAAGGCGAGCCGCCCUGGCCUGCUCCCCGAGGUGUACGCUGGAGACGGCCGGCCCGGCUGGGUUCGAUCCUCUGGGGCUCUACAAGGAGGGCCCGUCGGGGUCGGAUGCUUCUUCGCGGUCGCCCCUGUCGACCUUCUUCGGUAUCCUGGCGCCGGUGUUCGGGAGCUCCAGCGGGGGUGGCGCCAGGAGGGACAAGGCGUCCUAUGGCCGAGGAGCAGCAGCUGCAAUCGAGGAUAGCUCCAUUGACAUUGGUGACUUCUUCAAGGGCCCUCUGCCUGGGAAGUUCCUGAAGCUCCUUGGUUUUUUGGCCUUGUCUCGACUUGGUGUGUACAUACCCCUGGGUGGGGUAAACCGAGAAGCCUUUGCUGGGAACCUUGACCAAAACAGCCUGCUGGGCACUUUAGAUUCUUUCUCCGGUGGUGGUAUAGGUCGUCUUGGAAUAUGCUCCCUUGGCAUUGUACCAUUCAUUAAUGCACAGAUUGUGUUUCAACUCCUUGCACAACUGUACCCAAAAUUGCAAGACCUUCAGCGGAAAGAAGGGGAAGCAGGAAGAAAGAAGGUUCUUCAAUAUACAAGAUAUGCCUCUGUUGGUUUUGCAAUUGUCCAGGCUAUUGGACAAGUCCUUUAUCUCCGUCCUUAUGUGAUUGACUUCAGCACAGAAUGGGUUCUAACCUCGGUGACAUUAUUGACACUUGGUUCAGUCUUUACUACUUUCAUUGGUGAAAGAAUAUCUGAUCUGAAACUUGGAAACGGAACAUCUCUUCUUAUAUUUACAAGUAUUAUAUCGUACUUGCCUGCAUCAUUUGGGAGGACAGUUGCACAGGCAUUUCAAGAUGGGAACUAUGUUGGACUUAUCACAAUCAUAUUGUCGUUCUUUUUGUUAGUCCUUGGAAUUGUCUAUGUCCAAGAAGCUGAACGCAAAAUACCCCUGAACUAUGCUUCUAGAUACAGCAGUCGAACUGGGGGACUUCAACGAUCUGCAUAUCUACCAUUUAAGGUCAACAGUUCUGGUGUCAUGCCUAUCAUAUUUUCAACAUCUUCGCUGGCUUUGCCUGGUACUUUGGCACGGUUCACUGGCUUGGAGUUUCUUAAGAAGGCUGCCGUAGCCCUUAAUCCAGGAGGUUCUCUGUAUCUUCCAACCAAUGUAUUACUUAUAGCCUUUUUUAAUUACUAUUACACAUUUCUCCAAUUGGAUCCUGAUGAUCUUAGUGAGCAAUUGAAGCGGCAAGGUGCUUCAAUUCCUCUUGUGAGACCAGGGAAAAGCACAGCUGCUUAUAUUAAAACAGUUCUCAGUCGUAUAUCUGUCCUGGGAUCUGCGUUUCUUGCUGUGCUAGCUGCUGGACCUUCUGUGGUUGAACAAAUAAGUCACUUGACGGCAUUCCGGGGAUUUGCUGGUACAUCGGUGCUUAUCCUUGUUGGAUGUGCAACUGACACAGCUCGGAAAGUUCAAGCAGAAAUAAUUUCCCAGAAAUAUAAGAAUAUCGAGUUCUAUGAUGUUAACCGUUUUGACCAAUAGUUGAUCUCACUGGUCGUUCUUUUCAACCUGUACUUAACUUUUCAAUUGUGUAAUUGAGCUUUGGAUUCUUAGCUAAGCAUUUUAUCAUUGCCACUUGGAUUUUAUUUAAAUUCUACUGUGUAUAGCACUGAAAUCUAUACUUGAAGUAUACAAGCAUUCAUCUGUAUACUAACAUAGUAACAUGUCAAUACACUCAAAUCGUAAAACUAUGGAUCAUCGUUUAUUA